UUAGUUGUUUUUGUUUAGUGCAUUUCUCCUCCGCGUGCAUCGUCGAACGGGUCGAACAUUUUCAGGUGGAAUAGUUCUUUCGUUUUAUCUCGUGGAAAGAGUUUCCAUUUAUAGAGACAGUUUUAUCGUUUAAUUGCACAUUAUGCCGAAGAAUAAGGGAAAGGGAGGUAAGAAUAGGAGAAGAGGUAAAAAUGAGAACGAAACUGAGAAGAGAGAAUUGGUCUUCAAAGAGGACGGACAGGAAUACGCUCAAGUAACGAAAAUGUUGGGUAAUGGUCGACUUGAGGCAAUGUGCUUUGACGGAACAAAACGUCUCUGUCAUAUUCGGGGGAAACUUCGGAAAAAAGUGUGGAUCAAUCAAGGUGAUAUUAUUUUGAUUGGUCUGCGUGAUUAUCAAAAUGCGAAAGCAGAUGUUAUUCUCAAAUACACAGCAGACGAAGCUCGUAAUCUUAAAACAUAUGGCGAAUUCCCUGAAACUGUACGUAUCAACGACACAGUCACCUUCGUGGAAGAUGGCUUUGACGAAGAUAUUGAGUUUGGUGAUGAAAUUAGCGACGAUGAUGAAGAGAAUCCCGAUAAUAUCUGAUGACCCACAGUCACAACAGUUGAUAGGAUUUAAAAAGUCGAUAAAGUACUAUUGUCGUUUGCUGGUGCAAAUGAGGGAUUGAAGUAUAUUCCUUUACAUUCAACGCUUAUUUAUCUUCUUGUAUCUAUAAAUAAAUCGUCACGUUUUCUCGGUCCAUACUGUGUUCUCAAAAAAAAAAAAAAAACAAGCAUUUGAUUUCAGUUUAUUUAGAAUUGUACAAUUAUUGUUUAAAAAAAAUAUUGCUAUAUUGCAUUUAAACUGAAAUCAUUAUUGUGCUGAGGGAGCAUAUUGUAACCGUAAAUAUUGUAGGUAAACAAAUGUCUAUAAAUUCGUUUUUUUUUAAUGUAUUCAUUUUCUGAAAGACACGUUAAAAAUACGUGCCCAUAGAUUUAGAUAUUAAAAAUUAGCCACUGUAAAAUUGAGUCACUUGACUUUAAUUUUCUUCUUUGUAAAAUUAGACAUUAGAUUUUUUUGUUAAUAACAGUUAGUUUAUAUUUUUUGUUGAGGAAAUUUUUACUAGCUCAAUUUUAGGGAUGUAAUUGUGUUAUUAUAAUUUUAAACUCUUGGCAAUAGAGGAAGUUUAUAGAGUAUAAAAAGAAAAUAAUUUUGCUCCGGAAAGGAAUUUUUUUUUAAAUUAUAGUAAAACAGUGAGGAGAAAAGAAAAGUAAUAUCUCUGACAAUAUUAACGACAGUAUUUGUUUUUUCGAAAGACGAAAUAAAUUUUUUUAACAAUA